GGAUGAACGGUGAACUGAGAGCCGGUCGUACCACGACAGCCAAGAGAGGAAGCAGCGCCAUUGACAGAUCUGAUUAUGACAUGGAGUAUGACAAGUACCCGGAUGACUGCUAUAACCGCGUGUUUGACUAUCAGCGAGUUCCCUCUUCGGUCCCAGCGGAUCCCAGUCCUGUAAAACAGCCCCGCCCUUCGUCUUCGUCCUCCUCCUCCUCUUCAUUGUCCACAGCGGCUCUGAGAAUGAGGAGCAGCAGGCCGUCCAGAAGGAGCAACAACGCACACACCUCCGCCUCCAGCAGCAAAUUGAGAAUGGCAGAGCUUCUUUCCAUCAAAAGGGAGCUGACAGUGAUCAAGGUUCAGAUCGAUGGCCUGCUGGACUGCGUAGACAAGAUGGACAGACAGAGGAAGGACGGCUCAGAGUGUCCUGAGAGCAGGGAGCCCAGUGUGUCGGAUUCCUCUCGCCGAGGUUCAGUCAGCAGUCUGGAGCGAGAGAGUCCGGAGCCAGGGGAGGCCAGUGAGGACGAGCCGCUGCACUACCAGCACUACUACCCCUACAGCUACACCCACAGGAUAAAGCCGUCUGAUCAGGAGGAGGACCUGUGAUGCUGCAGUUCAGAUCCUGUGAAGUCUUGCUUCAGAUUCCUCUCAUGUUCACUUCCUUCCAGAAGCAGACGCUCAGAUCUGUAACAGCUGGGAUGGACGAAGCUUCAAGACGACGCUGGCAACACGACCUGCAUUUGGACUGACUCUCCUCCACCCCUGAUUUUUGAUUUUUUCACAUAUCUUUGACAUUUUUAUUAUGUUGCUACGGUGGCCCUGAG